AUGUCGAUGUCGGAAUGUACAAGCCCAUCAUCGGCGUCGUCAAGUCGGGAUCCAAGCGAAGCUAUGACAUCUAGUCGAUCGUCCUUCCUGGAGUUGAUUGGAUUCCGAAAACGAAACGUAGCUGUGUCGGCGACUUCACUGCUUCCACCAGCGAAGGCGAUCUUGAAAAGGAGGAAGAGAAGGGUAUCCGAAGAUGAGAGCAACGGAUUAUACGCAAACAUAGACAACUCAAGCCACCGUCAACGACAGGCCGCAAAGCCACCACGUCCAGUUUCCUAUUAUCCUAUAGAAGAUAGUGACGACUCCGACAACUUGCGAACGAAAAGGAAAGCGACUUCUUUUUUGAACGUUCACAAGAAUUAUGAACAUCCUGGUGGUCUACUACGGGUCGACCGAGAGACCAGACUUCGACACGAAAAAGAAAAUCUUGAGGCGGAAAUCGAAGAGCUCAAGAUGCGAAAUCAACGACUUGUCGAACAACUUCGCGAAAAGAGCGUACAAUUCAGUAAAUUGCAAUUUCAUGCGCAACAACUUGAUGAACAGAUCGAAAAUCUCAAUCAACGAUGCGCUUUAAGUGCUGCCUUGGACAAGCUUACUCUUGAUGACAGGCUAAUUAAAGGAUCUCUAACAGCGUUGGAAAAGACACUAAACAACCUGGCACAGGAGCGAUGUGCCCACCAAGCUUGCCUCGAACGACUCGAGAAUCUUCAAAAAGAAAAUUUUGCUUUAAUGCAGAGCCGAUAUUUAGAAUCCGGCUGUGAUGAUGCCGUUUGGCAGCGGAAAAUAGACGCGCUGCCAUCGUACGAAACACUGUACUCCUUCGCUCAAAAUGCUGUUCGACGAUUUUCUGACCUCAAACGGACGCUAGUGGAACGAGAAAGAGAGGCAAGCAGGGCCGAAUUGGAUCUGAUCGCAGCCCAGUCGUCGCUUUUAGUCACUCAUGCACAGAACGAACGACUACGUAUAAAACUGGGAGAGAUACGACCAAGACGUCCAGCAUCGUUUCAUGGGGAGGAUUUGGUUAACAGAAUGGUCAAACGGGACAUGAAUUUCUUUCUUCCAUUCAAACUUCAAGGAUCACGAAUAGAAAACUGCAGAAGAAUCAUGAAUAAGAAGCCGAUCGAUUGCGAGAAAGAUCUAGAAACUGAGUUCUUUGCAAUGUUCGGGAACGGGAGAAAUGUUCCCCAGCCGAAUAUCCAGGAAAAGCCAUAUGCAACUACACGAAUUGAACAUAUGAUGAGAGAAAUGUCAAAUAAUAACAAGUCUCGGAAAGUCCCACCACCAGCGUACGUUCGUGAUAAGUCACGAACCUCGUCAAGCAGGCCUAUGAGCCUUGUCGAGGUUGAAGAGCAACGUCGUCUUCGUCGCUUCGAGGAAACCCGGAGAAGCAUUAAGGUUCGAAGGCAACCGAGUAUGGACAGCUAUAGUCAGAGACCGAUUGAUACUGGACAGGUUCCCACUUCAUCGCUGCAGGACCUACCAUUUCAUAGCCCUACCUCUACGCCUGCAAUGAUAAGAAAGUUUACCGACAAGCCUCCACAACCAAGAACUUAUGACCAACUCCCGGACAUGCAACGCAUAGAAAAAGUCCGGAAACUUGAACGGGGCUACAGUAUGGAUAACCAUGAUAGGCCCGCCUACGCAGAUGACGUGCGCAGGCUAAAAGAAGACCGGAAACGAGAUGAUAUGAGAUCGUCACCUGGUGAAGCAGAACGACGGCCUUCAAGGAUUCAACGGUCACAGCCUGUGCACUUAACUCGUAUCAGACCUCCUUCGCAACUAGCGCAGCGAAAAGUGAAAACACUUGAGCACCGAGUUGAACCGAGGCCUCCGGAACGUAAUCCAGUCCUGGAGAUUCUGGAUCCACCAAGACCGCUGUGCAGUCCUCCACCAUGUCCUCCCACAAGCCGGCUGCCCAAGCCUGACAAGAAAUCAUGGCUGGAUAAAAUUCGUAGCAUAAAGAGGACAUAG